AUGAGCUCGGCUGAACGAAAUACCCGCAUCAGCGGCCACAGGGGUCACAAGCACUCCCGUGCCGCUAGACGCCGAGCCGACAUCGAGUCGUCCGCUCACUUCGACCCGCACUGCAGCGGGGACUUUGAUGAUUUAAGCCUGCUGCCGCUGUGCACGCAGAUUUUGCACGUGCAGUUUGAUGACCUGUCCUCGUCAGAGCCGUCCAUCAGUGCUGCUCACGGGUCGGACUUUCCACACGCCCCUGGCGCCGCAGCGUCUCUUACCUCUUUCAACAACAAAAACCAACCGCCACAACCGCUGCAGAUGGUGCCAACGCUGUCGUUUCAGAAUGUGCACAGUGCCAGUGCCGGUGCAGCUGAUACCUCACGAACGGACCAUGCCAAUGGCCACAAAGACCGUCGACAGCGCAAGCAAAAGCCAGAGUGUUCGCAGCAGGACUGCCACGCUAGCGGAGCUAUUCGCUCGCCGCCGUGGUCAACGAUGAACUACCCUCUGAGCAGUGUCGGCAGUCACAACGUCGCGCUAGAACCUUCGUCAUCGUCUCUGACGGCCUCGUGCUUUAGCGUCGGUCCCAACGGCGUCAGCGGAGGGUAUUCCGAUUCUACGGGAGGCGUUUCCGGGGCUGCGGGGUGCGGCGACGGCGCCUUGGCAGCGGCAGCGGCGUGGCCCGACUGCGGCGGCAGUGGGAGUGCGCGUUCGCCGCUGCAACGGGCACAUCACAGCAGCAAUGUGGGAACUGCGAGCACUGGUGCUGACGGUGGUGGCAACGUCGCGAUCGCGGAUGGGAAUGAGUACGCCAUACUUCAGCCGCAGCUUAUGCAGAUGCUCCUCCAGCAGCAGCAGCAGCAGGGCACUGCACCACCAAACACCUUCAUGCCCUCCAGCUCUCCGAGGACGAACACACUGAAAGGGCUGAGGGAUUCAUCUACCGCUGGCAGUGCUCCGACGAUGUCCGCCAUCAGCGCCUGCCUGAUGCAGCUGGUGAGCAGAAACGGAGGCAAUGAGGCUGUGCAGACGACUCCUAAUGCACCACUGCAGCAGCUAUUCGCUCCUAACCCGCUGCCACCGCCCUCGCCGUCUACUGAGCCGUCGCCACGAGCGCCUCAGAGCAACAGCAUCAUCGACUCAGAUAGUGUGCCGACAGUGCCGUCGCUCGGCGCCCCCGGCACCCGCAUCGUUUACGCCGAAGCCCAGAUGCGAGGCAACACCGCGACCAAGUGUUUGGCGAGUACAAGGGCCAGAGGCUUCGGUAGCAACAACCCACCAGCAGCGUCGUCCGGAUCGCUGGGCCAGACAAGCCUUCACCCCUACCACUUUGGCUCACCGCUACCCCCGGCAGCGUCUAGGAAGGAUUCAGAGGGAGGAGCAGAUAUAAACACGCUUGCCCCGACAGCUUUGCUGACUGCCGUUAACCCGCUGCACCACGCCUUUUCUCCACUGCCCCCCUCUAGUACGGCGACUCUGCCCAUGCUGUCGGCUGGGAUGUACUCUCCUUUCACGGGUGCCGUGCCGCACUCUCAGCCCGGCCUCCCUCCGCCACCACCGCCCACGGCUGCGCAGUCACAGCCGCCUCUUAAGCCAACGAGCCGUGCUGGCAAUCGGCAUCGAAACCGAGGACGCGGCACAGCGCCGGCCACCGAGAACCACAACACCUCCGCCGGCGGCAACGACCGCAACCGUAGCCGGCGUCAGCAGGUAGCCGAGGACGGCCACGCGAGCAGCCGGCAAGGCGCUACCGCUCCCACCGCGGGCGAUGCACACGCCGAGCCCAAGAAUGGUGCAAACUUCGUUGUUGGUGCGUGGUACGAGGGCGUUGUAAAGCGCUACAAUCCGCUACGCGGCUUUGGCUUCUUAACUUGCACGCACCAGCUGCACUUCGACCUCCACGCCUGCGAGCGUGCCUGCACUCGCCACGCGGAUGCGGUGCACGGGAAGCAGCAGCAGCAGCAGCAGCGCGACCUGGAGAAAGCCGCGGUCGCCGCCACGUCCGGCACGAGCGCAACGUUGCAGUGCAUCAACGAGGGCGCACGGGUGCAAGCCGAGCAGCGGUCGCUCUCGAGCAAGAGCGUGUUGCGCGCAGACGACACAAGCACCGCGCCACUUUCGGCUUCGAUAGACUCUGCCAAGGAGAGCGACAUCUGCUUACCGCACAACGCGGUGGCCACCGAGGCCCACCGCGAGGGCAACACCGACGCAGCGGCGCCUGCUGCAACUACAGGCACAAAGAACGCGGAGGUCGCUGACGCUGCUGAUGCCACUGUCUCGUCCGCCACCGUGAUGACGUCGACUGGUAAGGCUCACGGCACCGUCGUGUACAGCACGAUGCAGUGGUACCUCCACAUGAUGGGCGCGACGGGUAAGCAAACCUCUGCUGAGGGUACUGUCGCUGCACGGGAAGCCGAAGACGACGCUGAUGAAGGCAAACACAGCUAUCGUGCAUCAUUUGAGGAUCUUGGCACGCUGGAGCGUGAGCCAGCGCAGCUGGGCGACAUAUUCGUGCAUCACUCCUGUAUUUCCAUGAAUGGCUUUCGCGUCUUUGUGCAGGGCACAGCGGUACGCUUCAGUGUGGCUGUGUUGAUGGACACGGUGCAGGCGGUCGACGUCAUCCCACUUGGCCCCGAGUGGGAACAGCCGCUGUCGCCGGAAGCGCUCGCACAGCCGCCCCUGUACAAGGUCACUCCUACCGCAGCCACUGUGCUUCGCUACCACCGCCUGGAGGAGCAGCGCGACGACGACACAGGCAAAAAGUCUGGCGGUGGCCUGCAGAGUCGCGUGGGCGGCAUGUCUGCGCAGUGGACCGACAUGGCUGUUAUUCCCUCACCGGCCAUUCCAAACUCUGUCGAGGGCCAGAGCGGGCUUCUCGUCGUGCGUGUGCCGCCGAAGACGGGGCCGAUUUCAUCCCAGACAACGUUGACGUCGACGAGGAGUGGGGCGGCGACACCCGGCCUAGCAGCGAUGACGAGCGCCUCGGCCACCACCACCGCUACCAGGGGCGGUGUCGACACCUCGCAGCGUACACACGCAACGGAGCACUGGAGCGCAAUGCCGCAUACUGUUGCAGCAACUAGCGCUCAGGUGAGCGAUGCGAGCACCAAGGAGCCGAUGUGUACAGGCGCCAAGGAAGCCUUACGCGGCGGCCCGCAGUUGCUGGAUGUGAUCCAUCCAGACAGCAUCGCCGCCACGUUCUUGGCCAUCGACAGAGAGGAUCAGAGGACGUUGCAGGGCAAGCCAGACGCACCCAUGAUCACACCGGCGACUCCAGUGCCAUCAAGGAAUUGCAACGCGUUCCAUGAGACGACGAUGAAGGCGACGGAGUCGAGCAUGCCGGCCGCAGAGGUGGAAAGCCUGACGAACCGAACGUCCCUGGAGAAUGUGCCCAGGAAUCAGCUGAACAGGGACCCAAGCGUCUUUUCUGACGGUUGGCUGACGAGUAGCAACAACGAUCUGACGAGCGUCCACGGCAACACCGGUGGCACCGGCAUGCAGAUGAGUGGGCGUGACUCACGCAACGUCACGAUGGUGACUGUGACCGCGACGAACCCGGCGCAGAACAGCGACCGCAACACCGGCAGCCACAGUCAGGCGCCGCCGAACAGCAUCGAUGAUCUGAAGGACAGCCGCGGCCGCGGAAGUGGCACGAUACCGACCAGCAUGUUUGGCGACUGCAAGGACCUUGUCUUGUCUGGCAACAUGGAUGAGCAGGCAAUCUCUUCCUUUAACGGCUGUGGAGCUGGCCGCAAGGUUGACAAGAACGACUGUGGGGGCAACGAAAGGGCAGCAGGAGGCGCAGCGGCAGCAGCGGCCAGUUGCAGCGGUGUGGCAGUUUUGGCACAUCCGAAAACUGCUACUCACAGCGCCGCCGCUGCAGCACAAGGGGUUGCACCUUUGCCGGCUAACGGUGACUUCUCUGAACCCCGCUCGCAUGACGACGGGGAGUUAUGUGAGGUGCUUGUGCGCUCGCACAGCGGCAGUGACAGCGCAGAGGACGAAAAGGAUUCGAUCCCGACGACGCCCUCGGUCAACACGAUCCCAGAAUCGAACCUCGGUCUAGUGCUUGACUGGACGGAGCUGUUCAACCUCAAGAUAGCCAACGAGAGGGUGAAGGAUAUUGUGAAGCACAAGACAGACUUCAAAUUGCUUCCUCACCACAGCGUGAAAAUCAUCGCAGCGGCAGCGACACCGAACCAGAUGAGUGACGGCAGUUCCAGCUUUGACGCCGCUGCGCUUGUGCCGAAGGUGGUGCCACUUUCCGCCGUUUGUGAGCUCGAUAGCAGCUCUUCGCGCGGCGUGGAAGAAGGUGAGGGCGUUGCAGAGGUCAGUGGCUGCCGAAGCGCGCCUGGCAGCUGCAGUAAUCACGGCGAUCCAGUCGGUCGUGAGGCGAACCCUUCGUCGUCACAGCCGCCAAUGCGUGGCGGCGACAGUGGUCAGACUGGCACAACGCAGCUGACACGGGAUGAGAGCAGCUGCAAUGGCCAUGAGGCUCGCCCGCGAACUGGCAAGCCCCAGAAGAGCAGCAGGGCCGACGGCCAGCGGAAGUGGCUUAAGGACAAGACGGUGCCUGCAUUCGUGAUGGUGGACAUGGCCGACCUGCCCCCAAAGCUGGCAGCGCAGGUGCCGCGUGGUGUCACCGUCAUCGCGCUGCCACGUGAGACCGUGAAAGACCUCAAGAUCAAGACCAUCUCCGUCCCGCGAGAUGCGAGCAGUGAUCCUGUGUCUCCAUGCUUGGCGGAGGUGCAGUCUGCCGUACCCGUUGCCGGGGGGCCUCGAACCUCUGGCAGUAAAGCACAUGUGCCUUUUCACGGACCGGUGCAAGCAGCUGGAGGGCGGAACGUCUCUUCCUCAUUGGCUGCACGUAGACCGAGUGGUAAUGUGCCGGCGCAUGGCCACGCGGAGCGCACCGACAGCGAAUUCUACCGCAAACCGGUGGUUUCCUUCGACAAGAAGACGACUUCGAUCUGCAGCGCGCCCGCGCUGGACGGUGGAAAAUGCAGCGACUCAUGCAGCCCAGAGAAUGGUUGCCAUGCGUUGCCGUUUACCCUAGCGCUUCCGCAGAGUCAGCAGGUCUGUCAGCCCUUACCGAGAACAUCGAUGGAGAGAAAGCCCGACCCAAUGCUGAACAAAAGCAGCAGGGGCAGCGUCAACACCUUCAAGACGAGCUCCUACUCGGUGCCGAUGCCGCAGAGCCUCAUCAACGUCCUGUCUUCGCCGUGGAUCCAGGACAGCGCAGCGUUGUCGCAGCCACUUCCAUACCCAAUGCAGCAGCAGCCACCGCAGCAUCUGUUUGCGUUGCAACAGCAGCUCCAGCGCAGCACCCCCUCCGGCAGCCAACUGACCUCUAUCCGUACUACCCUCGGUCAUGCAAGCAAUAACACUCUUUCCCAACAGCAGCGUGAGCCUUUGAAUCCCGUCUUUGCGUCUCUCAACGGCACGGCAGCCCUGCAGGCGGCGACUUGCAUUGCGAAUGGCUCGUAUGCUGCACUGGACAGCAGCGGUCUCUACCCGAGCCAGUGUAUAAGCGCCGGCGUCGGCAUGGGUACUGGCGCGCAGCCGUCCAUGUGGGCCCCCAGCCAUGCUCUGGCGCCUGCCCAGCCCGUCUGUGCGCCUCCACCACUUCCCGUCUCUUCACCGCAAGCUGUACCGAGCGGGACAGCCUUGUCGGCCUCACCGCAGGCUUCAUCUUGGUGGUGCUCCUCCCAGGGAAACGGGCGGUCCUCGUAG